CAUCAGUUGACUCGUUAACGUUAAAAGCUAAAGGUAAAUCUAACUCAAGACAUAAAUAUCGACAAUACUUAAAUAAUUCAACGAUGAAGUUACUUAUUGCAAUUUUAUUUUUCCAAUUCACUGUGUCCAUUCAUACCAACCCAAUAACAGAACCCACUCUAGAUUGUAUAGUGCCACUAGUUGCACUAGCUGGUGCAGCAGCGUUCGGAGCGUAUGGCGGCUCACUGGGCUCUGGAUUUACAGGCCAAUAUCCAUAUAAUGCAGGAGCGGCGUAUGGUGGUCCCUAUAAUAGUGUAAAUUAUGGUGGAAAUCCAUAUUAUGGCGGAAAUGCAUAUUAUGGCGGAAAUGCAUAUUUUGGCGGUAGUCCCUACUACGAAUCUUAUUACUAUUAAACUUCGCUGACAAUAUUACUAAGAAAAAUGUAUUUAUUUUGUAGAUUAUAGGAUUAUCUUUUCUAUGUAGCAUAAAAAUU